AUGACUGCUGAAAUUUGGGACGUUAUUAUAGUUGGCGCCGGACUAUCUGGACUGAGUGCAGCUCAUCUGCUCAGAAAAAGGAACGCCAAAUUGAGAAUAUUGGUACUGGAAGGAAAAGAUCGGGUAGGAGGUCGCACAGUGUCCACAGAAAUACCGGCAGCUAAUGGUGUUGAUCGCUGGGACUUUGGAGGGCAGUGGGUAGGAAGCACCCAAACACAUAUCUUGGAGCUCAUAAAGGAGCUGAGCUUAGAGACCUUCCCGCAAUUCAAUAUUGGCAAAAAGGUACACCACAUGGGAGGGCCAGGUGCCAAAGUUCGCACCUACAGGACCAGUAUCCCUGCUCUAUCCCCAGUGGCGCUAGUGGACCUCACCCAGUUCCUGUGGAAGAUUGACAGAUUGUGUGCUACAGUAUGCGUCCAGGAUCCUUCGAGGACUCCCAAUGCUGUUGAACUGGACAGUAUGACCCUGCACUCGUACAUUGAGCAACAUUCUUGGACUACAGAACUCAAAGAGGAGAUGGGACUGUGUAGUAGGUCCGUCUUGGGCAUGGAGCCAUCCCAGAUGUCUUUCCUAUUCUUCCUCAUGUAUGCUGCAGCAGCUGGAGGGGUAUUGCCUCUGCUGGAGAGUACUCCAGGUUCUGCUCAAGAGCUUAAGAUAAAGGGAGGCACCCAACAGCUUUCACAGUGUCUGGCAGAACGUGUUGGGUUCAAGAAUGUCCGGCAGGGUUCCGCUGUGACAGCCAUAUGGCAGGAUGCUGAGUAGGCCAGGGUGACCACCACCACCACCACCUUCUUGUGCAGUGCUGUGAUUGUCACCUGCCCUCCUCAUUUGGCAGCAAAGAUCCACUACCAGCCAGCCCUGCCCAGCCAGAGAGAAUUCCUUACCCAGAACAUGCCUGUGGGCCACAUGAUAAAAUUCAUAAUUACAUACCAGACGGCUUUUUGGAGAGAGAAGGGCUUCUCUGGGGAAAUAGUGGCAGGAUCCUCCAGUGAGUGUCCAUUCUGUGUUACCUUUGAUGCCACCAGCCCCAGCGGUAAUGCUGCCUUGGUAGGCUUCAUUGCCGGCCAGCAGGCUUCUCGAUGGAGUUCCGAGGAGGAUGGCCUGAGAAGAGAAGCUGUGCUUUCUAGUUUGGUCAAAUACCUAGGUCCUGAAGCUGCAUCUUUCAUCCACUAUGAAGAGAAAGACUGGGCUAAGGAAGACUACAGCGGAGGGUGCCCUGUUAAUGUCAUGGCACCAGGUCUCCUAACAUAUUACCACCCGAGCCUGAGGAAGCCCUGUGGCAGGAUCCAUUGGGCAGGCACAGAGACAGCCACCAUGUGGUGCGGGUACAUGAGUGGUGCAGUACAAGCUGGUCAGCGAGCAGCUCUGGAAGUACUGGCUGAACUCUGCCCUAUGACCCUGACUCAGGAGGAGCAGGAAGCAGUGCAGGAGAGUCAAACUGUCAGGGGUGCUGUCAAGCAAACUCCAUCAUCCAAACUCACCUACCUGUCCAGAAGCAAGACUAUGGUCAUAGCAACAGUGGCAGUAAGUGCAGCUAUCUUGCUGGCUCAGAAUCAAAAUGCAUUGCUAAAGGAGAGCAUCUCAAACUCCCACUGA